GGGAGGAUAAGAAGCAAUUCCUCACCAUAACAUCAUGUUGUUGGCCAUUGAUUCACUUCUUUUAUGACCUACUACUCAAUUACAAUUUGGAUUUCAUUUUUAUAAAAAACCCAACAAUUUUUCCACUAACCCUUCAAAAAUUAAAAUCAUAAUUCCCAAAAAAAAAAAAAAACCUAACUUUCUCUCUAUAAUUUGUGAGUUUGUUGCUAAAAGAAGAAGGGUACUUGUAAAUUCACUAUUUGAGCAUAGUAAAGAAACUAGUGGUAAUGUUAUUGGCUAAGUUGUGCAUGGUGCGUAGGAUAAGGAAGGGUAAAGGGUGCGUAGGAUAAGGGCGGAGUAGGUUAGAGAUUGGCACUUCACAUUGCACACUCAAAAGCAAGAAAUUUUUUUCAAAAAGCUACUCUAGUUUUUAAUUAUAAACACCCACAUUAAAAAAGGAGGCUAAAGAUCAAAACUUGGCUCCAAUUUGCUGAUUUUUUAACUUAAAAAUUAAAGGGAAAUGAAAUUAAAUUAAAAGGGUCACUUUCUUUUUCUACUUUUUGGGAAUUUUUCUCUCUCAUAAAGGGGUGGGGAGGUGAUGGAAUUGAUUGAUUUUCAGAGGAUUGAGCUUCUUCUUGUUGCUGAGGAACUUGCUGUAAGAGAAAGACUCAAACUUUGAGCAAAGUAAAAAGAAAAAGUUCAUUACUUCCAUUCAAAUUUUUACAGCUUCUUCAGAUUCUUGGUUUGCAACUGAAAUUACUCUCUUCUGUUGAUUAAUUAUAGCUUCAAAUUUCAGUUUUUGUUGAGAAUUGCAGUUGUGUUUUCAUCAAUUCUGCAUCAAUUGAUUCAUACUUUUUUGACUAACAAUGUCUUCUGAUAUUAGUUAAAUUAUAAGAAUUCUUGAGUUUUUGAGUAAAGUUUGGAUUUUUUUUUUGGUGAAUUAGGUAAUACCCAUAUAGUGAAUUUGUAUUGAUGAUGGAAUAUUGUUUGAAAAAAAGUGUUUAUAAAGUAAAUCAUGUUGUGGGUAUGGUUAGUUUUGUGAAAUUGUUGUGAAUUUUAGUAAUUUUAAGGGUAUUUUGAUUGGAGACUGCUUCUAGGGUCUGUGUUUAGGGUCUUUCGUUACUUCAAUGGGGAGAGAUUGCCUGCUGGUACCAAAUGUUGGACCGCCAAUAAAGCGGCGUGCAGGGUUGAGGAGGAAACAGGCUGGUAGAGGUUCAUACAGAGGAAGUUAGAUUAGAUAAUUGAGAUAUUUUAGGCUGGUGAUUUUGUGUGACAGAUUGACAUUUUUAACUAACAAGCCCGAGCUCGGCGGGGUGCAAUUGUUCUUAGUUGGGGAAGGGGGAUUUUAGACUUUAGAUUUGCUGGUGAGUGCCAAGAUGGCAACUCACUUGCAGCAGUUGCUUCGGAGCCUAUGUUGGAAUACUGAGUGGAAUUACGCGGUAUUUUGGAAGCUCAAACAUCGUGCUCGAAUGGUAUUGACUUGGGAAGAUGCUUUCUACAAUAAUCACUCUAAAUUUGAUUCUUCGGAGAGUAAAAGCUUUGGUGAAGUAUUUGAAAGCUUGCAUGAUGGGCAUGUUGCUCAUGAUCCUGUUGGCCUGGCCGUGGCAAAGAUGUCUUACCAUGUUUAUUCUCUUGGGGAAGGAAUUGUUGGCCAGGUGGCUGUUACUGGAAAGCAUCGUUGGAUUUUUGCUUGUGAACAGGCAACGAGUUCCUGCACACCACCAGAGCUCUGUGAUGGAUGGCAAGCUCAGUUUGCAGCUGGAAUUAAGACCAUUGUCGUUGCACCUGUUGGUCCACUGGGAGUUGUACAACUUGGCUCCCUGAACAAGGUCAAUGAAAAUAUGCAGUUGUUGACACAUAUUAGAUAUGUAUUUUCUUCUCUUCAAGAGUCAGCAUGCCAUAUCCAGACUCCAAUACAAAGCAGUCUGCAGAAUGUGCUCCAGAUGUCGGAUAUACCAGUGAGCACUUUUGGUUCAGAUGUCCUUCAAGAGUGUGUACUUGAUCUUGAUAAAACUGCACAUAAUGACAACACUUCUUCCCAUUCUCUUGGUAUUCAAUCUCCCAAGAGACGCCUUGUUGAUUCUUUUGGGGGAUCUUUGUCUGUUGUGCAUCUUAGCGAGGCAGUGGAAUUGAUGAGGAAAAAUGGACUUAUUCAAUCAAUAUCUGAAAAUCAGCAAACUACUGAUCUGCUCAAUGACAUUAGUUGCGAAAGUAACGGUUAUAAGAUCCAAAAUGGAGUUACUAGUACUGCACGACAAAUUUGUGCAUCCUCUCAAAGUUGCCUUACAGAAAAUAGCUCUUUACAUGAUGUUAAAGUUUCAGCUGAAAAGUCCAGAGCUCACUUAGACAGCAGAGAACAUCCUUCUGAGGAACUAGUUCAAAAACAGGUCGCUUCUGACCCCUUGGAAAGACUUAAGUUGGAGGAUAUUUUGGAUAAUCAACCAGAAUUUAGUUGCCUGGAUUCUCUAGGCAACUUCAAGUCACCUGUCACGUUCUCUGCUGGAACUGAGCUUCAUGAAGCUUUAGGACCUGCUUUUCUAAAACAGUGCUACCCUUGGUCUUGGGAAUCUGAAAAUCCAGAAGGGCUAGCUUCUCAGAUGCCAGAGACUAUGGAAAGCAGCUUAAUUACAUCAGAUUCUGGGACAGAUCAUCUUUUAGAAGCCGUUGUAGCUAAUUUUUGCCGUAAGGAUGCUGCUUUUAAGAGUGCAAAGUCACUUUCUACAUCCGAAUCUAUGUUAACAACUGAAAAAAUGCCAGAGCCAUCUAUUAAUAAUAGCCAUACGAUUGGUUCAUCAUCAUAUUACUCGAUUGGCUGCUCAUCGCUUCUAGAGGAAAGUACACAGAACUGCUUGAACUCUUCAGAAUCUUGUAGCAUUAGGUCUUCAACUAGUUCAUACAGAGAGCCAAUGGUGAGGCCAGCUGAUCAGGGUAAGGCUAACAAGAAGAGAGCAAGACCUGGUGAAAGUUCUAGGCCUCGGCCAAGAGAUAGGCAGCUUAUUCAAGAUCGGAUUAAAGAGCUUCGAGAGCUUGUGCCCAAUGGAGCAAAGUGCAGCAUUGAUUCGCUGCUGGAGCGGACGAUCAAGCAUAUGGUGUUCAUGCAGAGUGUCACAAAGCAUUCUGACAAGCUCAGUAAUUGUGUUAAAUCUAGGGGUUGCAGUAAUGAAAUGGGAGCUCUAGGAUCUAAUCAAGAGCAAGGCUCAAGCUGGGUCGUGGAGGUUGGAGGCCAUAUGAAAAUAUGCCCAAUUGUGGUUGAAAACCUCAACAUGAAUGGGCAAAUGCUAAUUGAGAUGUUGUGCGAGGAUUGUGAUCAUUUUCUGGAGAUAGCAGAAGCUAUUAGAAGCUUGGGUCUGACUAUUCUAAAAGGCAUGACUGAUAAUCACGGAGACAAAACAUGGAUGCGUUUUGUGGUUGAGAGUCAGAGUAACAGAAACUUGCAUAGGAUGGAUGUCUUGUGGUCACUUGUUCAGCUACUUCAAUCAAAAAAUACUGUCUAAUGACUUGCCAGCUUGGUGUCAGCAACUUCAAUUUCAGCGCUUUGUUUGAGGUUCUGUGAGUUGUUUAGUGAUGUUUUAUGAUGACUACCUUGUUUAAAUUUAGUGUUUUAUGGUUGAGUGAUUUGGGUUUGCUUGCUCCCUUUAAUUAUAUAUAGUGUGCCAGAGAAAAGAAACCCUGAAAUUCUAAAGAAAUGGGUCUUUUCCACUUACUUUUAUGUUGUGUUUUUCACCCCAAGUUGUAAGUUUUCGGGAGCUUGAAACCCUUUUUAAUGAAUCUGAAGUGUGCAUUUAUUUUUUGCA